UUUAAUUUUUAUUUUUUCUUGCCUUUCCAUUUUCGCUUAUUUUCUCAUUCCUCACUCCUCUCCGUCUCCUUAUUUCGCUUCGCCUCUUCUCUCUUUUCGGCUUUGAUCUGUUACGAGUGUUUUGACCUGGACAUUGAAGUUCGAAAAAUCGAUUCAAUUUCAGUGUUUGCUCAUAAAUUUGGCUGUUCGCAUCUCUAUUUCGCAGAUUGGGGAACAGAGAGUCUUCGAUUUGCUCUCUCAUUUUCCUAGGGUUUCUGGAGAAUGAAGUCUCUGGGAAAGCUUCGGAAAUUUGCGCUGCCAAAGAACGAUGCUUCCAAGGAGAAAAGAGAUGCUCAACUUUCGGCGCACGUGGAUGAGCUAGCCCAGGCCUCGCAGGAUAUGCAAGAAAUGAGAAAUUGCUAUGAUAGCUUGCUUUCUGCUGCUGCUGCUACAACAAACAGUGCAUAUGAAUUUUCAGUGUCAUUGGGGGAAAUGGGCUCUUGUCUAGUGGAAAAAACCUCAAUUAAUGAUGAUGAAGAAAGUGGCAAAGUUUUGUUAAUGAUGGGAAAAGUGCAGUUUGAUCUUCAGAAACUUGUUGAUAGCUAUCGGUCUCAUAUUAUCCAGACAAUUACAAACCCAUCAGAGUCUCUUCUCAAUGAACUUCGGACAGUAGAGGAAAUGAAGCGGCAGUGUGAUGAAAAGAGAAACGUGUAUGAAUACAUGAAGGCGCAACAGAGAGAAAAAGGAAGGUCAAAAAGUGGGAAAGGAGAAAGUUUGCAGCAAUUGACAGCAGCUCAUGAUGAAUUUAAUGAUGAGGCAACCCUAUGCGUUUUUCGGUUGAAAUCUCUGAAACAAGGGCAGUCCCGAAGUCUUCUAACACAGGCAGCUCGUCAUCAUGCGGCUCAGUUGAAUUUCUUUCGAAAGGGACUUAAAUCUCUUGAGGCAGUUGAGCAACACUUACGAGUGGUUGCAGAACGACAACACAUUGAUUACCAAUUCAGUGGACUUGAAGAUGAUGAUGUGGAAGAUGGAGAAGAUGAUGGCGAGAAUGGCUAUGAUGCAAGUGAGGGUGGGGAAUUGAGUUUUGACUAUAGACAAAAUAAGAGGGGGAUUGAAGUUGUGUCUGCAACAAGAAAUUCUAUGGAGUUGGAUCAAUCAGACCUUUCUUUUCCCCAAGCUUCAACGGUGGAAACGGUGGAGUUAAAUCCAGAAAAAAACCAUGGGGAUCUCCAGGGUUUCAGUAGGGAACCUAGAGCAGGCAGUUAUUCUGCUCCAAUAAUUGCAGAGAAGAGUGAUCCAUCUGAAAGGAUAAGAACACAAUCAUCCACACGGAAGUUGCACACGUAUGUGCUACCCAUACCAGUUGGUGCAAAGAGUUCAACUCCUUCAAGAACAAGCAAUUCGGUUCCCCGAACAAGGCCAACAAGCCUCCAUGGAGGCACCCGCAAUUUGUGGCAUUCUUCCCCCUUAGAGCCAAAGAAGCAUGAGAAAGAUUCUGGAGAUGAUCACAUGUCAGGUUCAACCAUAUCAGAAGCACAAUCAGUUCUCAAAGAGAGCAACAGUAAUAAUGCUGCCAUCCGACUGCCCCCUCCUCUGGCUGAGGGACUUUCACUUCCACAGCUUGAUACACUGAACACAUCUGAUACUAAAAAGGUCAAAAGACUAGCUUUUUCAGGUCCAUUGACAGGUAAGCCAUGGUCAACAAAGCCUGUUCUAUCUUCCAGUGGUCCCAUUGCCCCUGCCGAACUUCCCCAACUAGUUUCUGGAUUGCUUUCUCGUGUUCCAAUUCCUCAGCCUUCUUCGUCCCCAAAAAUAUCUCCAAGUGCUUCUCCUCCUCUUGUAUCUUCUCCCAGAAUAAAUGAGCUCCAUGAGCUCCCUAGGCCUCCUGUCAGCUUGGCAACCAAGCCAGCUAGAUUUCCCGGUUUGGUUGGCCAUUCUGCUCCUUUGAUAUCCAGAAAUGAGCUUUCUGCAACAAGUAAAACCUCUUCAAUGGCAUCAAAUGCAGCCUCUCCACUGCCAACUCCUCCUGUCCCGAGGAGCUACUCCAUACCAUCAAGCAGUCAGAGAGCUACGGCAUUACAUGUGACCAAGGUUCUGGAAUCUUCUCAAAAUCCAGACAAGGCUGAAGAAGUUGGCUCUCCACCAUUGACACCUAUUUCUCUCUCAAAUAGUAAGCCAACAUCAACGAUCUCUGAAGUGGCCUCUCAGUCUGGUCAAAUCAGAGGUAAUGAGGAGAUGACAUUCAUUAUCUCCUCCUACUAGUAUGGCAUUUAGGUCAUGCAUGCAGUAUCACAUUGCUUUUGUCUGUGUAUGGUCUCUUUAGUCUGUCAAAUUAGGGUAACUUGGUGACCACAUUCAUUACCUCUCCCAAUUAGUGUGACAUUUAGGCCAUGAUUGCAGUAUUACAUUGCUUGGUGUGUGUGUGUGUGUUUAGGCCCUGUCUGCAGUAUUACUUGUAUCUAUUUUAUGUAGUUGUGAUAUCAGAAACAUUGCCUUGUUUACUUUCAUAUAGUCAUUUAUAAUGCCUUACAGUUGCAUUUGGGCCUUUGAAAAGGGGGAAAAAAAUAAAUGAUUCCCAAGAACUCUCAUUGCUCUGAAAUCUGAGGUCCUAUUACUGUUGAAAAUAAAUGCAUAUUAUUAGAUUUUUUUCUCUUUCUUCAAUUCUCAAUGGUGGUGGUGGGGGUGGGGAAGGGGUUUGGUGAUUUGGUGAAGGGUAGGGUUCUUAUUGUGUCUCAGGGAUAAAGAGAGAGGGAUGUGGGGGUUGGAACUUGUUUAAAUCAGUAUAUUAAUAAUCUUCUGCUUCAAACCAUAAGAUUGGUGGAGAAAUUAUGGAACAAUUCUUUUCUAUAUUUGUGCAUUAUCAAAUGCGGUCAAAAUUCCAAUUGCAUACUGCUUUUGAAUGUGGCAUUUAAGUCGGUUCCCAUCAGUCUUUUAAUUCUCAUCUUGAAAUGGGGCAGUAAUGUCAAUGUCAAGCUAUAGAUGCUUGAAGCUUUUUGGUGAUAAUCACCCCCGAGUCUCAUUUGACAAGUCUUGGAACAUUCCAUAACGGAGCCCUGCUGUUUCCAAGAAGUACACUAUGGUUUGUGGAUUGAAGCACUAUAUUGAUGCAAUGGAGAACCAAACCUUGAUAAUAUUGUUCUAACUUGUCUUGAUAUAUAUAUAUAUAUAUAUAUAGCUAUGGAUUGUACAUGGAGGUUAACAGUUAUAAGCUUUUGUAGGCACACUAUGCGCUUGCCAUUGGUGUACAUGUUCCACUUGUUAAAUGCUACAUUAGGUGGUCAGAUCUCUGGAUAUCUCUAGGCCUCCACUACAUCACCUUUUAAUCUUCAGAACACUGAAUUCAUUCUGAUUGAGUGUUCGACAGGCUGGUCUUUAUACUCUUUCUAGUAAUGUAUUUGAUUGAUUAGAUUGACAAUGUUAUUUUAUAAUUAUUUUUUGAUAAAUGUUAUAUUAUGAUAUUUACUAAUUGCAUGUUUGUUUUGGUAAAUAUUGCUUCUUUAUUUUGUUAUGAAAUAUGCUUUAUAAUUAAUUACAGGAAUUAUUUUGGGCAUUUUCCUCCCUUUCUCUCACCCUAAAACACUUGCUCAACAAUAGGAAAUAAACUUCUAGGCUCCAAAAUUGAAGAGCAGGUCAGUUUCUGUUAUAUUGCAGACAAAUUGCCACGCUCUAUUUUUGGGGCUCAAUGAAAGAAUCCUAGCAUUCUAUAUUGAAUCAAACAAAAUAAUUGUCUAUUUAUGUGCUGCUUAUAGUCUUAUAUUUCUCCUCUGACUCUGGAAUAUCUUCACUGGAUGCAGGUGAGAGUUGAUUUCAUGUUUUGUUUGGUGAAGCUUUGAUUCUUUUGGGCCUGUGGGACAGGAUCUGCAUUUCAUCAUCUAGUGUUGGGUGAGGUCUGUAAAUAUAAUGACGUUUCACGAAUUGUUUAGCUUCUCAUCACAAUAUUGGUUCACCGUUUGUUGUUGAUUAGAUGAGAACUCACCCCAGCAGAGAGGUCACCGUUUCUUGUAUAUCAUCAAAUGAGGAAUUUUGUUUUUAUUGGUCAAGGAAUUACCAGUCAAGCAAGGAUGUUUCAUUUUUUCAGAAGAAGGCAAGAGUCAUUGAUUUUGAGGUUUCUCAAUAUACAUGUAUAUCCCUGCCCUAGAGUUUGGUACUUAAGGCAGGCCUAAGUAUUUCUUUUGAUGCAAUUUCCAGCUGAGGUUUCUGUCCUGGAGUAGUUAGGGCUUUGCUUGUGGAAGUUGAUAAUGGUUCAAUGCGGGCACACUUCUAGAACAUCCUGUACUGCCAUUCUCAUAGCUUGUAAAUGUAUGCAAUACUGGGAUCUUGAUUCCCUGAGAAAUUGUCAUUUCCUCUGGAGGGAUGUAAUCAAAGCUUAUUUCACAAAGUAUAUACUCUAGGUCGUGUGGUUGCAUUGAGACCUUGGCCAGAGUUCACGAAAUAAAAUGAUCGGUGUCCACAGAAAA